AUGGACAUAAACGAGGAUAUGAUCAAGGAGGAGGUCAGUAGUUUCGUCAGCAGUCUACAGAAAUUGCUGCCGAAGAAAAAAGAGUUCAUACUUAUUGAGAAACAGAAGCCAAAGUUGAUAAGACUGAGUGACGUCCAUGCGGAGGCGAAAAGUGUUUUCCCGACGUGCUUCACUGGCGCUAAGCUGAAUGUCCUUAGGGAAAUACUGGAUAAAGUUAAGUUAGUCCAACAGUACAACUACGGCAGGACUAAAGAGUCAUAUAAGUGCUUCAAUCAUUUAAUCCAUAAAGAGAUGGAGCCGAAACACACGGAGGACGGUCUCUUAGUGGAUUCUUCUGGGUCAGCAACGGCUACGUAUACCGAAGUCCUCGAUGGUUUCUAUAAAAUGCGUCUCACGUCUAAGAUCAAAGAUCUGGUGUCGUCAGAAACGGAAGUGGUUAUAGAGAGGGAACACGAAAAGUCUAUCGGUUCUGUCUCGUGUUGUGUCAAGAAUGUAGAUCCGAACACGAUAAGGUUCGUCACUCAGUGGAUCUACAAGAUCGUCCCGGAUUUCAGCGUGGGUACGGAGCUGAAUUUCAAACCGCUAUCGUUCCCUGCUAUACCCGAUCUGUCAGUAAGUGCGCGAUAUGAAAAGUCUUCGUUCACUUUGUCCACGACCGUGAGCAGGACGGGUUUUCAGGCGUGCCUGUACAAACAGUUUGCGCCUGAUCUUCGAAUAGCUACAAUAGUCAACGAGCGACCUCAAGGGCCUACGACUGUUGGCGUGGCUCUCCACAAGAAGUACUACAACGGGUCGGAGCUGAAAAUUUUCGUGGACUCCUUACAUUGCGGCGGUUUUACUUUCCAAAAGGAUGUUUUGUUCCACGAGGCACACGAGGUCAGGGUGCUCCGAAUCGUAGGCAGCACUCUAAUAGACAGACAGAAACGGGUUCGCUUCGGUUUUGGGUUGAACUUGGACUUUUGA